AUGGAUCUUCCAACCCAGACGGCAGGUAUGCAACCUCCAGUUGGCAUCAUGUCCAAGAUCUUCCCACAGGUCUUUGAGCAACAGGGCAACAAGCGUGCCGAACGCAUUCCCUGCGAAGCGAGCGACCCAUUGCCAGAUUCUUCGUCGACGGCGACGCCGCUGGCCAGACCACUAAAAGCCAGGGAUCAGCCCAAGCGGUACGAUCUCCAUCGAGUUACAGGGUAUUGUUUGGAAUACCGCUUCCAAGAGAGGCUGCACCUGGAAGAAAGACCUACCGUGACCGGCCUUUGGGUCUUCCAGCCAUGA